ACUGUCGAGGGUUGCACCCGGCGGGUAUUUUAGCGGGUCGGAAAAGUGGCGGCAAAGUCUGCUGGCGCCCGGGCGGUUUGAAAGUUGAACCGAACUAACGGACCGGGCGGCGGGUGGAUGGCGUGGCCGGGCGUGCGCGUGCGCUGCUGCUCGCGGCGAGCGGUGCUGGCGGCGCUCGAGCGCUUGUCGGAGCCGCUGCGCGACCGGCUGCAGGGAGAGCGGCAGCAGGAGGCUCGGCGGAUAUUUGAAACAGCUGUUCAGGAGAAUAUCCUUAUCAAUGGAAUGUUAUGGCAAGAAGUUUCAGAGGAAGAGGAUCUCAGAUAUGGAAAUGGCAUAAAGAAUUUGGAUGACGAUUUAGAUGAAUGCAUUAAGGAGACAACCUCAAAACGUAAACAGUUUCCCAGAAAGAUCAUUGGACAUCUUGCUAAAACCAUGAAAGCAGAAAGGGAAUUGCUGAGUGGUAGGUGUCUGGAACGUUUUUCCAGGGAAGAUGGUGGAAGCAGAUAUGAUAGUAAGAUUUCAGAGGCCUCUAGACUGAAGCUUUAUCAGCCAGCAGUAAAUAUGCAAAUGAAAAUGGAGGUCCAUCCAGAACAAGUAUCCAAGGAGACUGAAAUAAUGAAAACUACAUCAAACAUUUCUCAAGAUAUGAGUGACGCAAUGAAGGAUUUGCCAGUCUUUAUGGAGAAAGCACAAGGACUUUUGCAAACUCUGAGUCUUGCUCCUGUCGUGAAACAAUCGCAGACAAAUAAGACUGUCUUCUCAAAUCAUACAGAGAUGGAAUUCCAAAAUGACAAAGGGCAAGCUUUUCCAAUUGGAAACACGGAUGUCACUCCCAUAGAAACAGAUAAAAAGAAAUCGCUGAGGAAUCGUAGUUCACGGAAAAGAAAAAUAAAUUCUUCUGUUAAUCACAAAUAUCCGAAGCGAAGACUGCAUCUUGGUCAAUAAACCCUUAUAAAUGUUUAGUUCCAACAAUUUGUAUAUUCCUGUAUAAAAUAUAGUUAUGUUUUCUGUGAAUGUUAGACAAAUUGAAUGUUAAGCAAUUAAUACCCAAGUGUGCAAAAGAUUAUGGUAAUAUCAGCAGAUGUAAAAGAUUGAGCCUCAUCAUAUUAACUACAUGAUGGAACAGAACACUGGGGGUCCAUAAGAGAGGGAAUAAAAGUAAAUAGAAUAUUAAGCAGGUGAAGUAUUAACAUAACACACAUUUGUCAUCUUGCCCCAUUUCUGCAGAAGAUGCUAGACUUGGACCUUGAUUUAUAUAUUAAAUUGCUCUUUGUUUUUCUGCAUUUCAAAAUUCUCUAGAGUGAUCGAUUUUCUUUUGUAAGAUUGCAACAUCCUUUUGAAAAUGUGAAAAAUGGUUUAAUUUUUGUUUUAGUGAAGCUGGGGAGAAGAAAAACUCUUUGAAUCAUUACCCAAGUUGCUCCAACAUUAUUCAAAUAUGAUAUUGUUACUUUGAACAAAUUUAUAUUCAGAAACUGAAAUAUUAAGCAAGCAUAUAAAUAUGAUAAGAAUCUAGGCAAAUUAAACUGUUAAGUCAGUUAUGGAUUUAAUAAAGAUGUGGCACACCUUUAUACAUUUUUGUUUAAUAUUGUAAAAAUCCAUAAUUGUACAUUCCCUUUAGCAUGUCUACAUCAGUUUUAUAAUUUUAAAUAGAUUUUUAAAAACUGUAAAUAGAUUCAGUUAAGUUAUGAUUUUCUCUGACAUUGGGAACAAUGCUUUAUAAUAGGAACUUUGUACUGUCCAUUGAAAAUAUUAUAUUGUAUUUUAUCCUUCCUGUACUAAUACUGAGUAUUAUGGAACUUGAAACAGUUGAUUAAUUUUGACCUGAUCUGUGCCAUUCAAGACCAGUGUUACAACUAUUUCCUUUUGGGAAUCCAAGUAAUCAUAAAUGGUUAGAAAUUGCUCAGGUUAAUUGCAGGUGUUUAAUUGACUUUUUAAAGUAUAAUUUUGCACUUCUGUAAUCUGAUAAUUAGUGCAUAGCACUGAUAUCUGCAUUUAUGCUAAAUAAGUAAAUGCACAUAGUUAUCACCUUAACUCUCCUACUCUGUUUAUUGUGUGUGCUAUAUACAAGAUGCAUUGCACCUACUUACCAAAGCUUCAAACUCAAUUUCUAGCUAAGUGGACUGAGGCACCAAUCGCAUGGGUAAAGCACAUGCUGCAUUCUCCCCUCCUUGUCACAUGCCAUCCUGACUUCAAAUAUACAAUGGGUGAUCUUCCAUGCUGAAACUGUGAUGCCUGGCUGUA